GACUUGCUCGUCUCGAACUCGGUCUUGGCACACUUCGACGAGAGGCUGCCAGUGGUGCUGGCAUGCGACGCCUCUCCCUAUGGCAUCGGCGCUGUCCUGGGACACCAACUCCCGGAUGGAAGAGAGGUGCCGGUGGCAUACUUCUCCCAGACGCUUGCUGCAGCCGAACGAAACUACUCACAGAUUGACAAGGAGGGUCUGGCAAUCGUGAAGGGCGUAAAAAAAUUCCAUGAUUUCUUGUACGGGCGGCCCUUUACCAUAGUGACUGACCACAAGCCGUUGCUUGGCCUGUUUGCCCCCGAGAAGCAGACCCCCCAAGUGUUGUCUCCACGUGUCCUCAGGUGGUCAAUUUUCCUUGCCGGCUACCAGUAUGCACUAAUCCACCGCCCUGGGAAGGCGAUGGGCCACGCAGACGCACUCAGCAGGCUACCACUACCAGAAACAGGCCCCGACCCAGCGCCUGCGCAAGAGGUUAUGACCCUGGAGCUGCUUCCCGACCGACCCAUUCAGGCACAAGAAGUUGCGCACCAUUCCACAAAACAUAGGGUCAUCUCCCGGGUCCUGGACUGGGUGUGGCGAGGAUGGCCCAGCAGCAGCCCCGGGCCAGAAUUCGCUGGCUACACAAACCGCAAACAUGAACUGUCGGCCCACAAGGGGUGCCUGUUAUGGGGAAGCAGGGUUGUUGUUCCCCAGCCCCUCCGCAAAAGGGUCCUCACAGCCCUACACGAGACACACCCAGGGGUAGUGAGGAUGAAGGCCCUUGCCAGGAGUUAUGUGUGGUGGCCGGGGAUUGACAGAGAGAUAGAGGCCUGGGUCCAACACUGCCAGACCUGCCAAGAAUCCCGCCCGGAUCCCCCAAGGGCCCCAGUCCAGCCCUGGGAGUCCGCCCGACAUCCAUGGUCACGCUUGCACGUGGACUUCGCUGGCCCCUUCCAGGGAAAAACAUUCUUCAUAGUGGUGGAUUCCUACACCAAAUGGCUGGAGGUCGCACUGGUACCGUCCACUUCUACGGCGGCAGCCAUCCGGGUACUACGUAAGCUGUUUGCAACCCACGGGCUCCCUGACACCCUCGUCUCGGACAAUGGAACCGCAUUCACGUCAGAGGAGUUCCAGACCUUCACAGCGCAGAACGCCAUCCGCCACAUCCGCUCAGCACCAUUCCACCCUGCCACCAAUGGCCAAGCGGAGCGCAUGGUGCGGACCACCAAGGACAGCCUCCGCCGCAUAACACAAGGGGACUGGGAAUACCGCCUUGCCGCAUUUCUUCUAGCACAGCACAGCACCCCAAGCACAACGACGGGCCGGAGCCCAGCUGAACUACUCAUGGGCCGGCGCCUUGAUCUUUCAGUGCCUGACAUGUCAAGUUAUAAUUUACAGGACUCCUGA